AACAGCGCCCCCUGUCUGCGGCUCCACCGGGAACAGCCAUUUAAACGCUCACAUGCUCUCCUCCCUUCAAUGACUUCUCAGCAGAAACAUGGCGGCGUGGAAGUGAAAACACUGACUCGGGCGAGGUGUCGCAAAUGAAACAGCAAAAAGUUUGUUCUUUAGCGCCUUGAAAGAGAAACCUUCGCGAGUAACCCUGGAAAGUCGCCUUGCUGCUCCGUGCGAAACUAGAAUAAGGUUGUUGUUUUUUCGGCUCGCCUGCUUACACGCAAAGCCCGCAUCCUCGUCGGAAAGCAGCAGGAGGAGGAAAGACGCCUGAAAUGAACGGGGAAAUAAUAUGCAAUGGACGUGCUACACUUCACAGUUUUUUGAGCCACCAGCCCUCAAAGGCGCAGCAUCAUGAAGAGAUCUCUGUCCAAGUCAUCCAAGAAGGGAAAUCCUCAAGGAUAUUUUGCACACAGACUGAGACUCAGAAUAAUUCCAAAAGACCCAGUACUGUAAAUGGAGAGAUCGUUCUCCCUACCAUGGCUGUGAAUGAAGACCUCCAAACUUUAACACACAAAGCCGAGGAAAAGAGCAAGUGUACACAGGCCCGUCUGCCCUCACCAGCCGGAGUCACUCCAGAAGUCAAAAACACUCGCGCACCCUGUCAGAGAAAGGCAGGCUGCCGUAGGGCCAAAACGAGGAAGCCUUCGGAGAGGACUGCAGAGAGCAAGAAUUCCAAUAAUCGAAAGGUCACAGAUUACUAUCCCAUACGGAGAAGCUCACGGAAAAGCAAGACUGAAAUAAAGUGUGAACAGAAGAAACAUCUGGAUGAGCUGAUCACAAAAGGGAUAGAGAAUGGAAUGAUGGUAAAGCACAUCGAAGGUAAGGGGAGAGGUGUUUUCGCCACGCAAAGCUUCCAGAAAGGGCAGUACGUAGUGGAGUAUCACGGUGACCUGCUGCUGCAACCCGAUGCCAAAAAAAGGGAGGCUCUAUACGCACAAGACCCUGCUACGGGCUGUUAUAUGUACUACUUCCAGUAUCUCAGCAAAACGUACUGCGUGGACGCCACGAAGGAAACUGACCGCUUGGGACGGCUUAUUAACCACAGUAAGAACGGCAACUGUCAGACCAAACUGCAUGACAUCAAUGGAAUACCUCACCUGAUCCUCGUGGCCUCUCGAGAUAUAGAAGAGGGAGAGGAGCUGCUGUACGACUACGGAGACCGAAGUAAAGCCUCCAUCGCCGCUCACCCGUGGCUUAAACACUGAUGGAUUCCAAGAAGGGAACAACUUGUUUCUUAAAUCCAGUUUUUAAUGUAAUUAUUGCCUUAGCAAAACUGAGAAUGUUUGGGGGGUAGUACUUGUCAGGGUGUGUUCAUCAGUGACUUAAACACAUUUAGGUUACGGUACAUAUUCCACAUGUCCUACAUGACUUUUUAAAUAUAUUUAUCCUGCUCUGACAUGCUAGUUUUGACUUUUUUUUUUUUUUUUUUUCAUUUUCCUUUUUUGUAUAUUUUAUAUACUUGUAGCGCAGUGCUUCCAAAGCAUGCAGUUAUAGUCAAACUUUCUGCAUUUUUAUAAGGAGUUUUCUUAAGCCAAUGUAUAGUAUUUAGUGGCUUAGCAAUAACUAUUUAUGAUGUGCAAACAGUUCUGUGGAAUGCAAAGUGAUACUUUGAAGAGCCAUGUUUUAAAAGCUUGGAAAAACUGGAAGGUACCUCCCCCACCCUCCUUUGGCUUAAUUUGGAGUCUUACAGUUUUACAAUGUGGAGCGUGAUGCUAAUGAUUUGAGAAAAAAAAAUCUGCCUGAACCUCUUUGAGUGUUUGGAAUGAAAUGACCCAAGUGUGAGUAUUCAGCUGAUUGUCUAUGCUGGGACUGAAGCCUUGUUUAAUAAAAUGAUUUUAUGCAAA